AUGCAUCGUCUGGCAAGUGGCCACAACACCACUGGCACCACAACAGGUAGUACUUACCGUGUUCCUGUGGGAUCCAGUCCUGCAUUGGGAUCUCGUAGAUGUCUCCAAUUUUGCCAGCCUGAACUAGUGGAGCCAACUCUUUGCGCAUCUGUCCGUUUAUUGGACCUUGCUAAACCUUUUGUUUCGCUUCUUCCAGAAGUCGAAUUCCCAUACCAAAAAAUCGGGUUUGACGAGAAAAUCGUCUACACCGUCGCCUCGGUCGCUGUUUAUCUUCUUGCUAGUUUGCCGCUAAGCAAUGUUUCACAGGGCCGUCUAGCCGACCCUUUCACUUGGCUACGUACCCCGUUUGCUUCCCAAGCAGGUACAGCCUUGGAAUUCGGUCUGUUGCCUAUUGUCACUGCUGGUUUCUUGUGGCAGAUAUUGGCUGGUUUGAAGAUUGUGAAAGUCAGCUUUGAAUCCAGAACCGACAGAGAAUUGUUCCAAUCUUGGCAGAAGCUGACCGCUGUGCUCAUUGCCGUGGUGUACUCUGUCUUGCUCACCUUUGCCGGCUACUUUGACCCUGUUGACCAGUUUACCUCCCAGGAGUCGGUGCCAAUUUGGGGAAGACUCACCUACAUUGUUCAGCUGUCUUUCAUGGCUCUGAUCACCGCUCUUUUGGUGGAACUGCUCGACAAGGGCUACGGGUUUGGUCCUGGUAUUUUGGCCUUGAGUACUGCGUGGUCUGCUACUCAGUUCGCUACCUCUUUCGUUGGUAUAACCACCUCUGUCACUUCCAGAGGCUGGGAAUCUCACGGUGCUUUGGUGCAACUCAUCAGAAACAUCAGAAAUAAGUCGUUUGGAUUGGCCAUCUACGAGGCCUUUACCAGAGAAAACCUGGCAAACUUGACCCAGAUCUACAUUGCGUUGGCAGCCUUGGGAGUGGCUAUCUACUUUGGAAACUGCAGAGUCGACAUCCCAAUCAAGUCCGCCAAAGUUAGAUCCAUGGCUUCUGUGUACCCAAUCAAGCUGCUUUAUUGUGGAGCUUUGCCAUUGGUGUUUACUUACGCCGUGUUGUACAACCUCAACAUCAUUGGUUUUGCCGUCACCAGAAUUUUCAACACUGCUCCAUUCGCAAAAUACAUUGGACAAUGGAAGCUGGACGAGUUCACCUCUUCCACUUAUAAUCUCACGUGUGGAUUCUUGUACUUCAUUUCUGCUUCUCCAAAGAACAUUUCUCCAAUCCACUUGCUGGUAAGACCAAUCACCUUCUCGUUGUUCACUGUGAUUGUGUCUGUGUUGUUCGCCAAGUCCUGGAGCAACAUUUCGGGCUCUUCUGGUAGAGACCUUGCCAAACAGUUCAAGGAACAGGACAUUUCCAUGAUUGGUCACAGAGACACUGCUGUUGGAAAAGAACUUGGCAAGAUUAUUCCUGUGGCUGCCACCACCGGAGCUUUGAUUGUUGCCGGUGUCACCAGCGUCGCAGAGGGAUUCGGACUCUCUAACGGUCUUGCCGUUGGCGUUUUGAUAGGUGUUCUCAGCGCCUUGACUCUGUUGGAGUCUGUCAUGACAGAGUUCCAACAAUCAGGAGGUAUGGGAUCCCAGUUCGGCCAAUUGUUCCAACAGCGUUAA